UUUUUUUCAGUUUUAUUUACAUGUAAAUAGCUUUAAGUUGUCAAUUCUAAUAGUCUGUAAAUAAAAUAUUAUAAUGGACUAAAAUUUUUAAAAACAUAUCAUUGUUACUUAUCAUUACAAUUUACAUGAACUGUAUUUUCCCCUAAAUCCUUCAGGUAACCUAAAUGCGAUAACAUGGAAAAGGAGAAUUAUACAGUUGUGAAAGAGUUUUAUAUGGUGGGGCUUUCUAAUUACCCCAGUCUCCAGAUGCUUCUUUAUGUUCUCUGCCUAUUGAUGUAUUUGGUGAUUCUACUGGGAAACAGUAUCCUCAUUAUCAUAAGCAUCCUAGAUCCCCACCUCCACACUCCUAUGUAUUUUUUUCUUGGGAACCUCUCUUUUCUGGACAUCUGCUACACAUCCUGCACUAUCCCUCAAAUGCUGAUAAAUUUUAUGUCUAAGAAAAAAUCCAUCUCCUUCAUAGGAUGUGCCCUACAGUUGUUUCUUUCUCUUGGACUUGGAUCCAUAGAAUGUCUACUGUUGACAGUAAUGGCUUUUGACCGAUAUGUAGCCAUCUGCAAUCCCCUAAGAUACACCAUCAUCAUGAACAGGAGCCUCUGUGUACAGAUGGCUGCUUGGACCUGGAUUAUAGGAUUUCUGAACUCUCUGAUACAAUCUAUGCUUGCCCUAAAAAUGCCCUUAUGUGAGAACAUAAUUGACCACCUUACAUGUGAAAUUCUUGCUAUUUUGAAGGUUAUCUGUGGAGACAUCUCCCUCAAUAUAUUUAUUAUGAUAAUUGCAAGCAUUGUUCUCUUAAUCACUCCUCUGGUGCUUAUUUUCUUUUCUUAUGUCUUUAUACUAUCAACUAUCCUGAGAAUUAAAUCUACUGAAGGAAGACAAAAAGCCUUCUCCACUUGUUCAGCCCACCUGACUGUGGUGAUCUUGUUCUAUGGCUCUGCUCUUUUUAUGUACAUGAAACCCAAGUCAAAGGACACUAAGCUUUUUGAUGAACUCUUUGGGUUGUCUUACUGGGUGAUCACCCCAAUGCUGAACCCCAUCAUCUAUAGUCUGAGGAACAAAGAGGUAAAAGAAUGUGUGAAGAAAGUACUCAUCAAAAAUCUAUAUUUAAGGAAAAUGUGAAAUAUAAAUAUGAAAGUUGACCCAUAUUGUGCAAGCUCUUAUUUUCUCUUUUUUCAAACCCAACACCUUGUUGGGUGUUAUCAGUAAGAUAAAAGUGACUGAAAAACUUCAUAUGGGAUCCUCAUCCUUUUUCAUACAGAAUAUACACUUAUGAAGCAUAGUUUUGCUGGUAGGCCUGCUAAUUCUCCCACCUAUACCUCUGCUUGACUUUCUAAUUUUGAUGAUGAAUUUUGUUAAAUUGUCACAUAUAUCCCCCUAUCCAUGUAGCUAAUAAUUUGUAGUUUGUUUAAAAAAAUUACCUUUUUAAUUUCCAUUUAUUGCUUCCAAAUGCCUAAUCUCAGAUUUCACAGAUUUAUUAGAAACAGCUGCUAAAAUCUUAAGAUAUUUAUGUGAAAUAGGGAUUGUAUUUAAUGUGCUAAGUCUUAGGGAAAAAAUAAGAGAUAUAACUUCUUUCUAUUCUACAGGAGUUUAAAUAUAGCUAAAUUAGACAACCAAAUGAAUAGUUCUAGUUGUCAAAGAUCUCAAGGACCAACUAGUCCAUCUCAUGCUUUACCAAAAAUCCAGUUUAUCAUACACCAAACAAAUGGAUUUUCAGCCAUUACUUCGCAAACUACAGUGAGAGUAACUCACUACCUACUAAGUCAACCUAUCACAUACUUUAGUUUUUUAUUUUAAUAGUAGUUUUUUAUUUUCAA